ACACCCGGGCUUUAUUUACUGACCAUUAACAGCUGAUUGAUCUGAUUGGCUGGCUGAUUGAUCCCUUUUAUUUUGGGACCAGUAGGAAGUGACCCAGGAAGCUCUUCUUCUUCUUCUGCCUCCGUAAACACGUUAAAGCUGCCGUGAUGGGACAGUGCUGCAGAGAGACCGAGCUGUGAGGCGGAGAGAGAACCCUCCAUCCGUCCUGUCCGGAGUCAGAAACAACGAUGGGCUGAGGCACCGGGACGGACCGGGACCGGGAUCAUCUGCAGGCAGACAGAGGCCCGCAGGCGGCCCAGGACGGCCUGAAGGAAACGACCAGAGACGGACGGACUCUCGGAGAGCUGCGACACAUCGACAACAGUUUGUUGCAUCCUGGUGGUUGACCUUGGAGCAGGGACUUCCGUCAGGGAGCCACCGCUCUGAUCCAACAUGGCCGACAAUGUGAACUCUUUACCCUUCUUCUAUGGAAACAUCACCAGAGAAGAGGCGGAGGAGUACCUGCGUCAAUCCGGCUCCAUAAACGGCCUGUACCUGCUGAGACAGAGCAGAAACUACCUGGGGGGCUUCGCCCUGUCCGUGCUGCACUCCGGCCGCUGCUACCACUACACCAUCGAGCGGGAGGCCAACCAGACGUACGCCAUCGCCGGAGGGAAGAGCCACCGUGGCCCCGAGGACGUCAUCGACUACCACUCCCAGGAGACAGACGGGCUGGUGUGUCUGCUGAAGAAACCCUGCAACAGACCCAAAAACAUGCAGCCCAAGGUCGGCCCGUUUGAGGACCUGAAGGAGAAGCUGAUCCGGGAUUACGUCAAGCAGACCUGGAACCUGCAGGGAGCCGCCCUGGAGCAGGCCAUCAUCAGUCAGAGACCUCGGCUGGAGAAGCACAUCGCCACCACGGCUCACGAGAAGAUGCCGUGGUUUCACGGCACCAUAACUCGAGAAGACUCUGAGCCGCGGCUGCAGAGAGGAUCGCGGGCCAACGGGAAAUUCCUGAUCCGGCAGCGGGAUCAGAACGGAUCCUACGCCCUCUGUCUGCUCCAUGAAGGUCAGGUCAUGCACUAUCGCAUCGACAGGGACCCAAUGGGGAAACUCUCCAUCCCAGACGGGAAGAAGUUUGACACCCUGUGGCAGCUGGUGGAGCACUACUCCUACAAACCUGACGGCCUCCUGAGAGUGUUAACAGAGCCGUGUCCCAGACCGGACGGAGACAUGGAUCUGACUGGGCGACCUCUGCCCCCACACAACCAUCCAAGAUUUGACUCAGCCAUCCAAGGUGCUGCAGGAAUUCUGGACAAACUCAGAACUAUCCCCAUACCGGGCCUACCUAAGAGUAACUCAUCUCGACGCAAAAAAAUCGAUAACAACCCGUAUGAAACCAAACUGCCCUCCGAUCAGGGAGCAGCUAAAGAGGCAAUGCCGAUGGACACUGAGGUGUACGAGAGUCCGUACGCCGACCCCGAUGAACUUCGGAGCGCCACCGUGGACAGAAACCAUCUCCUGCUGGAGGACGGAGAACUGGGCUCUGGGAACUUUGGGACGGUCAUGAAGGGAAUCUACAAGAUGAGGAAGACGCAGAAACCGGUGGCAGUAAAGAUCCUGAAGAACGAUGAUAACAACCCGUCGGUUCGUGAGGAGAUGCUGAGAGAAGCUAACGUGAUGCAGCAGCUGGAUAACCCCUACAUCGUCAGAAUGAUCGGGAUCUGUGAGGCCGAGAACCUGAUGCUGGUCAUGGAGCUGGCCGAGCUCGGACCGCUCAACAAGUUCCUGCAGAAACACAAGCAGACCAGCAUGAAGAACAUCACUGAGCUCGUCCACCAGGUGUCCAUGGGGAUGAAAUAUCUGGAGGAGAAUAACUUCGUCCACAGAGACCUCGCGGCCAGAAACGUCCUGCUGGUCACGCAGCACUACGCCAAGAUCAGCGACUUCGGUCUGUCCAAGGCCAUCGCUGAGGAUAAGAACUACUACAUGGCUCAGGCUCAUGGGAAGUGGCCGGUGAAGUGGUACGCUCCUGAGUCCAUCCUUUACUAUAAAUUCUCUUCCAAGAGUGACGUGUGGAGUUUUGGGGUGCUGAUGUGGGAGGCGUAUUCCUACGGACAGAAACCGUACAGGGGGAUGAAGGGAAACGACGUGCUGCAGAUGGUUGAGAGCGGACAGAGGAUGGACUCUCCGGCCAACUGUCCUCAGGAGAUGUACGACCUGAUGAAGACCUGCUGGACCUACAAAUCUGACGAGCGUCCUGGAUUCAGUGUGGUGGAGCCCAGACUUCGAGAGUAUUAUUACGACAUUUCUCAGUGAUUUUUACGCUGAUGAUGUGAGACUAUGCAAACUACUGCGGAGGAGAGACGGAGUUUUAAUGGAGAACGGGGGAAUUAUGAGUGCUGUUGUAAGUUAUUGACUUCAGACGGAGGAUUUAUUCAAACUUUUCAACAUAAUUAUGCAAAUGAGUUUUAUUUUGUUACUUUUUUUCUUCCUGAAUGUAAAGGAUAUUACAGAUGAAUAAAGAGGACGAGCAAACAUCAGUGUUAAAGAAUAAACCAUGCUGUCAUUCUGUGGCUUCAUUUCAUCAGAGCAUCACAGCGUCUUCAUUCUGCAGCAAAAACCUCUGGAUCCUUAAAUCUGUCUGGUGUAUGUAAAUAAACAUAAAAAAAUAAAAAAUGUAAUG